AUGAACAGCGGGACCCCAGGGACGCUGGCCGUGAAGAGAGUGAGGUUCUUCGGCCAGCACCGUGGGGAGGUCAACUGCUCUGCUUUCUCCCCGGAUGGCCGGAUACUGCUCACAGCCUCCGAGGAUGGCUGUGUGUAUGGUUGGGACACACACAACAGGAGGCUGCUGUGGAAGAUGGCUGGUCACACAGGCCCUGUAAAGUUUUGCCGCUUCUCCCCUGACGGCCACCUCUUCGCCAGCUCCUCUUAUGACUGUACCAUUCGUCUGUGGGAUGUAGCAAAAGCCAAGUGUCUGAAGGUGCUAGAAGGUCACCAGCGGAGUGUGGAGACUGUCAGCUUCAGUUCUGACUCAAGACUGCUGGCGUCAGGUGGCUGGGACAAGCGGGUGAUGCUCUGGGAGGUGCAGUCAGGCCACAAUGUAUGCUUGUUGGCUGGACACCAUGACUCUGUCCAGAGCAGUGACUUCUCUCCAAAUGCUGACUGUUUGGCCACUGGUUCUUGGGACUGCACAGUACGCAUCUGGGACCUGCGGGUGAGGACCCCAGCAGUCUACUCCCAGAAACUGGAGGGCCACGGAGGCAAUAUCAGCUGUCUGUGCUACUCAGCCUCUGGCCUGCUGGCAUCUGGCUCCUGGGACAAGACCAUCCGCAUCUGGAAGCCAGCAACCAACAACCUACUCACCCAGCUCACGGGCCACACAACCUGGGUGAAGAGUGUAGCUUUCUCUCCUGACGAGCUGCAGCUGGCCAGUGCUGGCUACUCCCACAAGGUCAAGGUCUGGGACUGCAACUCUGGAAAGUGCCUUAAGACCCUGAAGGGACGUCUGGAUGUGGCCCAUGCCUGUGUCUUCACCCCAGAUGGGAAACUCUUAGUGUCUGGGGCUGCUCAUCCGUCAAGCUAAGUCCACUGCUCAAGCCACCUAGGACCUUUUCCCCGCACACCACUACCACCGGCCCCAAGAAACUAACAGUGCCCACCAGACCCACGCUUCCAGGACCACCCUCCACCCCUGGCCUACCUCUGUGGGGAGGCCAGUGCAAAUA